AUGACUCCUUGGGAAAAUUGGAAUAAAGUAUUAAAAUCCCCAAAGACUGUUUUAGCUCCAAUGGUAGAUGGAAGUGAGUUAGCUUUUCGGCUUAUUUGUAAAAAAUAUGGUUGUGAUUUGGGGUAUUCUCCUAUGUAUCAUUCUGGGUUAUUUUCUAAACUUCAAAGCUAUAGAGAAUCAAAUUUUCAGACAUGUAUGGAGGAUGACCCAAUGAUAGUUCAGUUUUGUGGAAAUGAUCCGGAAACUUUGAUAAAGGCUUCAAAGUUUAUUGAUGAUAAAGUUAAAGGUAUAGAUAUAAAUUUUGGGUGCCCACAAAAUAUUGCAAAAAGAGGAAAUUAUGGUGCAUUUUUACUUUCAAAUCCAGAUUUAAUGGAGAGGAUCAUUUCAGCUAUGUCAGGAAGUGGUUUGAAAUGCCCAAUAUCAUGCAAAAUAAGAAUACUUGAUCAUCAUGAUUUACAAUCAACUGUUAAUUUAAUAAAAAGGUUAGAAUCUGCUGGUGCUUAUAUGAUAGCUGUACAUGGAAGAACAAUGAAUUCUAGAGGAGUACUUACAGGGCCUGCUAAUUGGGAAGCUCUAAGAAUUCUUAAAUCAAGGUGUUCAAUUCCUUUUAUUGCUAAUGGUGGGAUUUCUAAUUAUGAAGAUAUUCAAAAAUGCUUAGAAUAUACAGGGGCUGAUGCAGUAAUGAGUGCUGAAGGCAUUUUAGAGAACCCAUGGUUAUUUCAAGGUUUUAAAGCUCCAGAAACUAUUAAAAAUAAACCAUCACAAUUUCAAAUUGCACUUGAGUAUUUGGAUUAUUGCAUACUUUAUCCACCUCCAAAUGUGGGAAUUAUUCGAACACAUCUUUAUAGGAUUUUCCACACUAUAUUUACUCUUCCAGGUGCUCAUGUAUUUAGGGAUGAAAUUAAUAAUUCACAUCAAUUACACGAAUUUCAGAUCUUUAUUCGGAAUCUUGAAAAUUUCUACAUAUCCAAAAUUACCAACGAAUUGAGAGACUAUUCAGGAGCAAUUCCUCAAAUCGGAUUCUGGUAUAUUAGACAUCGUAAUGACAAGCUUAACCAUAAUGUUACAAAAGAACUUAUUUCAAUCUAUAAUUAUCAACAAUACAAACUUCCUAGCAUUCUCCAAUUUAAUGAAUCUGAAAUGACUGAUGUAAAAAUUUCAAAUAACCUGGAAAUUCAGUCAAAUGAUGAGAUUUCCAAUCUUUUUUCACUUUAUGAUUCUUAA